CACCGUGUGUUGACGCGCGGUGUCCCCUGACAACCGUCUGGGGAAAACAGGAAUCUUUUCUCUUCCCCUCUGGGCAGACAGACGCGGCCAGCCAUGUCUACCAGGGCUACCGACCCUAACAAGCCUCGGAUGCUGAGGGUAUCUGACACACGCCGGGCGCUCCAGAGCCUUCUCCUGGGGGCAGAGAUGGCUCACAAGGCUGACAUCCAAACAUACAGCUGUGGCCACCUGAGCCCUUACACCCUGAGCCAGAACCAGCCCCACCGGAGGAGGACAGAGGAACCAAUCUGGGAGAUGUCUGAGGUCCAGGACAGAGAGAAGGGUGAGGAGGAAGGCCUGAGUCCCAGUCCUUUUACGCAACGCCUCCAGAGACAAACCAAGAUGGCCGCCAACAUCGAGAAGAUGACGGAAGCCAUGUUUGACUUCACUGUAGCCAAGGGGCUCAAACCUACAGUCUUGAAGCCUGGGCAGCAUGAGAGCCUUACUGGCACACAGAGAGGAAUGAAGGGAGAGGAAGGAGAAGAAAGAGAGAGGAGGAGGAAAACAAGGCUCAAGAUGGUUCUGGACCCCUCUGAGCUCUUCCUGGUCAAACCCAGCAUAGCAUCACAGACAAAACCUCCUGAAGGUGUUGAGGGGAACCAGGACCGGUACUGGUUCACGCAGUCUCACCUGGGGGGCCUGACCAAGAAGGACCAGAUGAGGAUGAUGAGACACUUUGACAGACGGGUGUUGAGGAAGCAGGACCUCAGGGACAGGAACUGGAUCAGCGGGAACAAGGCAGCUGAGGCCUACGAGUGGAAGCUAGAGAAGGAGCUGAGGAGGCUGUCAGACCAGAGCUGUCCCAGUAGAGACCGCCUGGGGGUGUUCAGUGACGUCUUCAACAAUGUCUGUGAAGGCUCGCCAGUAUUCAGAGACAUCCUCAGGGAAAUCAAGACAGACUAUGAUCUGUACCUCAACUCUAUUCUGGACUCCCAGACACCUCUCGAGGAUUUGUCUGAGCUGGCUCUGCUGGGUGGUCUGGCCAUCGUAGGGGCAGAGGAUCUGGAGGAAGCUGGCAACGAGGUGUCCAGGCUGGGAGAGGAGGCGCAGAGGGCCCUGGAGGAGAAUGACAGAGUCAGGAAUCAGUUUCAGAACGUACGUGACAGAGUCAUGGAAAUCCCAGAUGAUGAAGGGCUCCAUAUGGAGGCCACUCUGCCAGGGCUGUUGAGGCCAGGUGAAGGGCCGAUCUCCUUUAUAGAUCGUGUCCAGCCUAAGAGACGGCAGGUGUGGAUAAUGUGGGAGGAGGUCCAGCUGCUGCAGAAGGAACUCAAGGAGAAGAUGGUAUCCAUCAUCACCACAGGAGCUACAGAGAGAUGCAUCAGAGACUCUAAGGGAGAGAUCAUGAGACUACUGGCCUCAAAUGAACGCUUCAGAAACACCAACAAGGAUCUGGAAAGCAACCUCAACAUGAUCCUGAACAGAGUGACAACAAGCGAGGAUGUCAAAGCGGAGGUGUGGGACAAAAUAUGGACCGCCCUGCGACACGAGGACGAUAGAACACAACCUCUAGUAAAUUAGUAGCGUUUGGAACAGUACCUCUUUUUGUCCACCAGGGGGUAGUGUUUAACAAGCUGACCUGAAGGCCAUUCUUAGAUAUUAUGGACGGGAUGAUUACUCAUUCGCCAAGAUUCACAUCAUUUUUAAUCAUUGUUAUUCGAGCUAACAUUAAAAUAUCUCCGAUGGUAACAGAAGUACGAUGGCAUUUAGUUACAACAGCAACAACCACACUGUAUGUAGUCCUCACAAGAGUCAAUUGUGCUGUAGUGACAUCGUUGAAAUAUCUUAUGUGACUUAUCAGACUAUUUAAUAGUCUUUUAACAAUAAAGAUAUAAUUGAGGAUGUGGUUAAAUGUGGUGAUGAUUAUAGUAAAUAUGGCUUUGAUGUCAUACAAGCAAACCAUACAACCGCCGAUCCAACGUGAUUUGGGGCGGCAGGGUGGGCCCAGUGGUUAGAGCGUUGGACUAGUUAACCGAAAGGUUGCAAGUUCAAAUCCCCGAGCUGACAAGGUACAAAAUCUGUCGUUCUGCCCCUGAACAAGGCAGUUAACCCACUGUUCCUAGGCCGUCAUUGUGAAUAAGAAUUUGUUCUUAACUGACUUGCCUACUUUUACUAUAUAAUCUGGGUCCAAUCCCUUGGCUGUCCACAUCCUACCAGACCUGUCCACGUCAUCACACCUAUCAUCACCUGCUGUACACAAACACACACACAGAUCAAUCUUCUCCACAUAGGCAGUAUAUACUGUUCUGUUGCUAAAGCUCUGCUAUCUGAUAUUCAUUCUGUCACAAAAGAUUGUAGAUUCUAGACCAGGGCACUCCAGCCCUGUUCCUGGAGAGACACCCUCCUGUAGGUUUAAACUCCAACCCUGUUCCUGGAGAGACCCUCCUGUAGGUUUUAACUCCAACCCUGUUCCUAGAGAGAGACCCUCCUGUAGGUUUU